AUGACUCAGUUUCUCUUCGCUCUCCUGGGCGCCGCCAGCCCUGUUGACGGCACGAACCCUCCUCCGGGCCUCAGCUGGACCGGUGAGGUUGCCGGCCACGGGGUGGUGACCCUCCACGGCGACGCCGGCUCCGUCCGGGAGCAGAUCUUUACGCUCAACCCAUCCCUGACCGAGAAAUUCGUCCGCACGACUCAAUUCAUGAGCAAGACUCCCUCGGCAUACAACGCUUCUGAGGUGUUCGCCGGGCCAGGAUCUGCCUACUACUACAAGUCCCCGGCUGGUGACGCCGGCGGCAUGGCGGUCCGCGACGACGUCAAUGGCGCAAAAAAACUCUCGGACGGGUUCAACCCCACCGACUGGUACUGUGGCACCUUCGCCACUGUUUCCGAGGCAUACGAUGUCGUGUCCGACGUUGGUUCUCCGGCUGGACAGGACCCAGCGAAUGCCAUGUGGACAAUUGCAGGCAGAGUGGACGGGAAGGCCAACUGCCAACGUCUCGCGUGCGCCGUGAUCCAGGGUGAUCCCGGCAGCACUGCACGAUAUGGCAGCACUGCAGUCUAUUGGUGCAACGACAACGACUUCAAGGUCACGACAGCGGCCAUGAACCUGGCAGCAGUGGCUGCCUCCAUCGCCAACGGCCACCAGGCGUUCAACUUCGCAGGCUGCUGCAAGAAGAGCCAGUCGAUCGGCAGCCACAAGCAGUUCUCAGGCCAGAUGCACCUGGGGAACGGGACCAACAUCAACGUCGGCUACGGAGACUGUUCCAAGUCCGACUACUUUGUUAACCCCGGCGACCUCACUUACCCUGGACCCCUCGGAAGUUGUAUAUAG